AUAUAUAAAUAAUAAUAAUAAAUAGAGUGUAAAACUUGCUUAACCUCUCAAGCAGGUUUGCUGUAUGGAGUACGCGACGCAAUAAUCUUACGCUCAGGCGGUUUGCCGUACAGAGUACGCAUGAUGCGCUAUCAUGUUCAGAAUAGCAUAUAUCUGCCAUCUGUUGACCAGUCUUUUAAACUAUUCACUCAGGUAAACAGCUAAAAUCUCAGGCUAUGUGGGUGAAUGACUUUGGUUUCAUAGCUGUAAAUUUAAGGCAGGAAAAGGGCCGAGAAAAAAGGGACGAAUUCCAAGUAGGUAUAGUAACAAACCAGUACAUAUUGAGAGGGCACCAUGGCCAGUUCAAAGUAUUAUAGGCGUUCUAUUUCUGGUGGUGCAAUUUCGGGGUUGUUAGAAGUUAAGGAAUCUGUGAGUGAUUUGUCUGGUGAAAGUGAAGACAGUGAACCUGAUUUUACUGCAAUCGAUGAGAGCAUAACUCUAUGGAAGGGGAGAUUGUCUUUCAGAAUCUAUCUGCCACUAAAGCCAUCUAAAUUCGGAAUAAAAACAUUCAAUCUCUGUGAAUCUAGCACAGGCUACUUGUUGAAAUUUGUGGUAUAUUCUGGCAGUGAGACAGACUUACAAACUUCAAUAGAUUGCGGAGAAAACAACAAAACUUCAUCCAUUGUUGUGAAGCUGAUGGAGGAUUUGUUGAAUAAAGGGCACACAUCAUGGAUGGACAAUUAUUAUAACUCACCAGAUCUUGCGGCAUUUCUCAAGAAGCAAGGGACAAAUGUAGCAGUGACAUUGCGGCUAAACAGGACAAAUGUACCAACCACUGUAAAAUGUGCUAAACUGAAGAAAGGGGAAACCAUUGCACAACAGUCAGAUGGCAUAAUGGUUAUGAAGUGGAAGGAUAAGGAAGAUGUGACAAUUAAUUCAACCUUCCAUGACGCUUCAGUGAUGACAGAACAGGAAGGUGGUGUUGAAAUAAAGAAACCUGUCUGUGUCACAGAAUACAUUAAGGCAUUUGGGGGGGUGGGUGGAUCUAAAAGAUCAGAAAUUACAAACAUAUCUUCUGGAGAGGAAGCUCAUCAAAAUAAUACCAUGGACCACUUGACCUUCAGGAUGCAACUAAUCACCUCUCUGAUUGAAAGAUAUGGAAGGGCAGUGCACUCUCGUAAACAAGGAAGACCUUCCAUAAAUCCUUCCCCUGCAGUCUCACUGAAAGACAUUUCAUUGAAAAAAUACUGCCAACAGGAAGGAAGGCAAAGCCACAAAAAAGAUGUGUUCUGUGUCAGAAGAAUAGGAAAAGGAGGGAAACAGUUUAUUGGUACCCAGACUGUCAAACAGGAUUGUGUUUAGAUACCUGCUUCAAGGUUUUUCACACCGUGGAGAACUUCUGAGUUUCACUCGUUGACAGUGGGCCAGAGGAAAACAAUGAGAAACCUGUCAGAAGAAUAAUAAUAACAGGAGUUCAGAAAUAUGAAGCAGGAGUGCUAACCACCUGACUGUGACACCUGAAAGAUGGAAAGAUAAAAGAAAAAUUAGACGAAUGAAAGAGAGGAGAGUGGAAAUAUGAAGAAAGAAUAAGGGAUGAAAGGAAGAAGGAAUUUGGGGAGAAUCUUGCAUCCAGAGCCAACACCAACAACUGGAAUACAUGAUCAACAACCCUUUGCAUGAUAUGAACACGCUAUAUAACAUUAACUAUGGGCACUUCUGCUAAAAUUGGAAUCGAACAAGAAACUGGGUGAGUGAAAGUUUGUUGCACAGAGACAAAUGUAAGCCUGAUGCUGUGAUUUUGCUACUACUAGAACUUUUUCAUGCAUUGCAAUGGUAAGAAAAUCAUGUAACUGACUAUUAUUAUCAAAAUACAUAUAGAGGUUUCUCAGAGUGAUUAAGUCAAUUACAUUUUGCUAUAUUUAAUGAGCCAAAGUGGUUACAACAGUGAAAUAACUAAUGAUAUGUACAGAUACACUUGAAGUUUACUGCCAUAGCCCUAAGUGUAAGAUGAUGAGUAACAACGAAAGCCAAGUAGGUUCUGUGGUUUCACAGAUUUCACUGUAGUUUAGCACCAGUUCCAAACAAAUUGCAGAGAAAACCACCUUGAAAGGAGUGAACCAGUUACUGGGAUGACUACUUUGUGAUGAAAGGCUGCAUCUGCCAAGGAGACAAGAGCUCCUGCCAGUCACCAGUAGGUGAACAAAUAGUGGAACAGAGCAGCAUUUGUUUAAUGCCCAAGGGAGUCAACCAGAGAAUUUUACAAAGUACCAUUUGGAGAGACCACCAUAAAAGGCUAAACUUUAAAGCUCACAAGGUUCAGUUGCUGCAGGCCCUUUCAGAAGAGAACAAGGUGAGAAGAGUGGCAUCUAGAGAGAACUUCAUCCAACAAGUGAAACAAGACAAAACACUUGAUUUACCUUCAGCAACAAAGGCACAUUUCAUGUGAAUGCAUCUGUAGUGAGAAUCCUCACAUCAGUGUGGAAGUCCAGCAUGACUUGUCAAAAGUUUUUUUUUCAAGAUAAAGUUAUACAGUCUGUUCAUCACAGAAAAUUCCACUUCUGAUAUGGACUUUCCUGGUCUUUUACUGUUACAGCAAGACCCAUUUCAGUUUGGCUUUGAGAGCAUUUAUGGAUGAGCAGCUUCCCAGAAGUUGAAUAGAACAUGGGGAACCAACGUCUUGGCCACCAAGGUUUCCAGACAUGUCACCUCUGAACUUCCUUUUGUAGAGUUUCAUCAAGGACCACCUUUACACACCACCAAUGUGACAGUCCUUAGCAGAGUUACAGAAACAAAUUUGAGAUGCAACUCCACUGUUGCACAGCACAGUGGAAAUGAUUUCAGUAUAACCUACACACUUGGUGCCUGACAUGUGGUGCACACAUGGAUCAUAUGUAAACUUGAAGUGUUUCUGCACAUCUUAAGUUAUUUCAGUGUUGCAACUGCUUUGGUUCAUUAAAUAUAGCAAAUCAUAAUUAUCUCCAUUAUUCUGAGCCACCAGUAUAUAGGAUUUGAGGUUUUCAUGGCUGUCUUCUGGGUAGUAGUGCCAUAUAGUGUGGUAGAAGUUUACCAGCAUUUCAGAGGUCCUUGCUGUCUCCAUCAUCAGGGUGAUGAAUCCCUUCUUGGCUUUAUAUUCACUGUCAUAAGACAACAAUAUUCCUCAACAGUGUGAUUUUGCAACUUACAAGGAGAUGUCAUCAGGCUUGCAUUUGUUUAUACUUUAAGUUUUCCCUUUGAAAAAGCUACAGUAUAAGUUAACAUGGCAGUUGGUUAAGGUCAAUGGCUGAUUGGUCAUGUUUGUGAAAUGGUGAUGUGUGGAUCUAAGGUUCAGACCCUUCUGGUCUUUUUAUCCUCAGUGAACAUUACAAAAUAAUCAUGACUUGUGUAUUUCAAUUUGUUCUGUGUGUAACAUGUUGAUAAACACAUAUCUCCAGACUUA